UCUGCCUUGUUCAGCCCAUCUGUCUCCACUCCUGCCUCCACCAUGUCCAUCAGGGUUACCCUGAAGUCCUACAAGGUGUCCACCUCUGGCCACCGGGCCUUCAGCAGCUGCUCUCACAUGAGUGGGGCCGGUGCCCACAUCAGCUCCUUGAACUUCUCCCAAGUGGGCAGCAGCAUCUUCCGGGCUGGCCUGGGUAGAGGCUAUGGUGGAGCCAGCAGCAUGGGAGGCAUCACUGCCAUCAUGGUUAACCAGAGCCUGCUGAGCCGCCUGAACCUGGAGGUGGACCCCAACAUCCAGGCCAUGCGCACCCAGGAGAAGGAGCAGAUCAAAACCCUCAACAACAAGUUUCCCUCCUUCAUUGACAAGGUACAGUUCCUGGAGCAGCAGAACAAGAUGCUGGAGACCAAGGGGAGCCUCCUGCAGCGGCAGAAGAUGGCUUGGAGCAACAUGGACAAUAUGUUCGAGAGCUACAUCAACAACUUAAUGCAGCAGCUGGAGACUCUGGGCCAGGAGAAGCUGAAGCUGGAGGCAGAGCUCGGCAACAUGCAGAGGCUGGUGGAGGACUUCAAGAACAAGUAUGAGGGUGAAAUCAAUAAGCAUACAGAGAUGGAGAAUGAAUUUGUCCUAGAUGUGGAUGAAGCUUACAUGAACAAAGUAGAGCUGGAGUCUCGCCUGGAAGGGCUGAUUGACGAGAUCAACUUCCUCAGGCAGCUGUAUGAAGAGGAGGUCCAGGAGCUGCAGUCCCAGAUCUCGGACACGUCUGUGGUGCUGUCCAUGGACAACAGCUGCUCCCAGGACAUGGACAGCAUCAUCGCUGAGGUCAAGGCUCAGUACAAAGUGAUCGUCAACCGCAGCCUGACUGAGGCUGAGAGCACGGACCAGAUCAAGUAUGAGGAGCUGCAGAUGCUGGCUGGGAAGCGCUGGGAUGACCUGUGGUGUACAAAGACUGAGAUCUCCGAGAUGAACCGGAACAUUAGCUGGCUCCAGGCUGAGAUUGAGGGCCUCAAAGGCCAGAGGGCUUCCCUGGAGGCCGCCGUCACAGAUGCAGAGCAGUGCGGGGAGCUGGCCGUGAAGGAUGCCAAAGCCAAGCUGUUUGAGCUGGAGGCCACCCUGCAGCUAGCCAAGCAGGACAUGGCGCGGCAGCUGCGUGAGUACCAGGAGCUGAUGAACGUCGAGCUGGCCCUGGAUGCCUACAGGAAGCUGCUGGAGGGCGAGGAGAGCUGGCUGGAGUCUGGGAUGCAGAACAUGAGUAUCCAUACGAAGACCAUCUGUGGCUAUGCAGGUGGUCUGAGCUCCUACGGGCGCCUCAUAAGCCCCGGCGUCAGCUACGGCCUGGGCUCCAGCUUUGGCUCUGGCGCGGGCUCCAGCUCCUUCAGCCACACCAGCUGCACCAGGGCCGUGGCUGUGAAGAUCAAGACCCGCGAUGGGAAGCUGGUGUCCGAGUCCUCUGACAUUCUGCCCAAGUGA